AUGUCGUACUAUUCCAAUACAGAUCCUUGUACUGAACUACGCAAUGUUCUACAUCGAUCACUUGUAUCGCUUAAUUGCCCCCAUGUGCCAAGUUUACCCACAUCAACAUUUCUGAUGACAACGAAUACGAACUUGAAAGUGAUUAUUUGGUUACUUGGUGAACUCGAUACUGAUCUUGCUCAACGUCUUCAUGCAACGCGUUCAGCGAACUCCAUUGCUUUCAUCAAGGAUUUCUUUCUCGAAACUGCCAUGUUUCCACGUUCAUUCAUUUUACGUCUCGAUGAAGUUUUCAAUUCUUCGUCAUUAGUCGAUCUCCAUCAAUUGUCCAAUAUGUUAUCUUACUAUGUACAUAAACCAAUUCUGGGCCAUAACAUUCAGCUAGGUCUCAUCGAAUAUCUCAGUGAAUUAAUUGUAUGUUUGAGAAAUCCACCGAUGACCAUUCAUCACGACAUGUGGGCAAAUCGAGAUGUUUUGAACAUGUUCGAACAAUUGCCAAUGGAUGAGACAAAUCUUCAGAUCGAUUCUCGGAUAGUUGAAUAUACAGAUAAUGAACAACAGCAGUCCGGUGAUGAUGAACAGACCAGUGCAGAUUUAAAAGAUGUUUUCGGACAAGUUCGAACGGAAUUGUUAGCGCAAACUACCAACGAUAUGAAUGAAACGGAGUUUGAAACAAUUUUUACCAGCGAACAAAUUGUUGAUAUUGACAAACAAUUGCAAAAUGCACUAGGAGAUACACAUCAAUUUUUCAAACGUUUGGAAACAGGUACACCGAAUUUAUCCACAUCAAUCGACCAACAGACGACAUCUUUACUCUCGAACGACAUUCUACAAAAAUUAACGACCAUCAGUCAACUCAAUAACAUUUAUGAUCAAGUUCGUUCGAAUGAUAAACUCUUCCUUGAUAAAAUUCAAUAUUUACUAAACGAUAUCGACAAAGAGAACGACGGUCAAUCGAAACCUUCGUCCCUUACACUUCAAUCUCAAGUUAUGCUUGCACGAAAUCUUGCACAUACGUUGAACAAUAACGAUCAGAUAUUGAAAAAAUGA